AUGCCGCGGGGCCGGCCUCGCAAACUAAGGGAGAAGACUGACAACGAAACAGAUGGAUCUCAGGAGUUCAAACCAGAGAACUACGGCCAUGUGGAGAACAAAUGUAAUAUUUGCUCUCAGACAUUCACCACAGAAAGCCAGCUACAGAGGCAUCUCCGCGAUCAUGAGGCCAAUGACAAGCCUCACCGUUGUGACCAGUGUCCCAUGUCCUUCAAUGUUGAGUUCAACCUCACUCUUCACAAAUCCACACACACCACGUCUGAUCCCACCUGUCCCGUCUGUGAAAAGAAGUUCUCCCGGGUGGCUAGUCUGAAGUCCCAUAUCAUGCUGCAUGAGAAAGAGGAGAAUUUACUCUGUACUGAGUGUGGAGAUGAGUUCAUUCUUCAGAGUCAACUCUCCAUGCACUUGGAGGAGCACCGUAGAGAAGUGUCUGGAACCAAAGUUUACCCCUGCAAGACCUGUGACAAAGAGUUUAAAAUGGAAGGCCAACUCAGGGAACACGUGAAGAGCCACGUGAAGAUAAGACCUAUCGUAACCAAUUCGAGAAAUUAUAAGAAGAACAUUGAUCGGAGUGGGUUCACUAACAGCUGUGAACACUGCGGAAAGACCUUCAAAAAGCCCAGCCAGCUUGUACGACAUGUACGAAUUCACACAGGGGAGAGGCCGUACAAGUGCACACACUGUGGAAAAGCCUUCAACCAGAAGGUGGUGCUACAGACCCACAUGGUGAGACACACAGGGGAGAAGCCCCAUCUCUGCUUCCUCUGCCCUGCUUCCUUUUCCCAGAAAGGAAAUCUGCACUCUCACAUCCAGAGAGUGCAUUCUGAGACAAAAGGAGUCCCACUGUUUCCCUGCAUGGACUGUAGCUGUGUGUUUAAAAAGCUGGGAAGCCUUAAUGCUCACAUCAGUAAAAUGCACAUAUCAGUAGUGGAGGUGGAAGAGCCUGUAAGCACACAGGAGGGGGUGGAAUCAGGACAGGGCGUGACAGGGCCGGAGGGCACGGAGGGUGUGACGGACGUGAUCCAGCAACUCCUGGAGCUCUCUGAACCCGUGGCUGGGGAGGGACCCCAAAGUCAGACCCCUGUUCAAACCAUGACCUUGGAACCAGGCAUCAAUCAGGACAUCCUGCAGCAAGCCCUUGAGAACAGUGGACUGAGUGCCAUCCCUGUGCAGUCUGAUGCCCAGGGGAGUGCGGUGCCAAGGCCCGAUGUGGCAGCACAGAGCCAGGCCGUGGGUGGCACAGUGUCCUCAUCUAGGAAGACACCCAGACAGGACACUAAAGUUGUGAAGAAGGAGAAAAGGAGUAUAUUCAAGAAGCCCAUUCAAAUGCCUGGCACCAUAAGAGAGGAGAACGGCGUUAGGUGGCAUGGCUGUCCCUACUGCUCAAAGGAGUUUAAAAAACCCAGUGACUUGGUACGUCACAUCCGAAUCCACACACAUGAAAAGCCCUUCAAAUGCAAGCAGUGCUUCCGUGCCUUUGCCGUAAAGAGCACGCUCACUGCUCACCUGAAGACGCACACGGGUAUCAAGGCCUUUGUUUGCCAAUGCUGUAUGAAGAGUUUCUCCACCUCUGGGAGCAUGAAAGUCCACAUGCGCCUGCACACCGGUGUGCGCCCCUUCCCUUGCCCUCACUGCGAAAAGAUUUUCCGCACAUCUGGUCACAGGAAGACACACAUUGCCUCUCACUUCAAGAGCAUGCAGCAAAAGAAACACAAGUACCCAAGGAAACCUCACAAAGCCCGGGUAUCCAAGAGCAACAUGCCCCUGCCGGAUAUACCCCUCCAAGAGCCGAUCCUCAUCACUGACCUGGGCCUCAUGCAGAACCAGAACCCUCGCGGGAGUCUGCAGCAGUACCUGGACAUGGUGGAGAUCGACCGGCCGUACAAGUGCACCUAUUGCAGCAAAGCAUACAAGAAGUCCAGCCACCUGAAGCAACAUGUCAGGUCACACACGGGGGAGAGGCCGUACAAGUGCAUCCAGUGCAGUAAGGGCUUCGCCUCCUCGGGAGUUUUAAAAGCUCACAUCCGCACACACUCAGGCCUCAAAGCCUUCAAGUGCCUCAUGUGUGACACCACCUUCACGACCAGCGGUAGUCUACGCCGUCACAUGACCACGCACAGCGACAUCCGCCCGUACAUGUGCCCGUAUUGCCAGAAAACGUUCAAAUCUUCACCCAACUGUAGGAAACACAUGAAAACCCACAGGUAUGAGCUGGCUCAGCAGUUCCAACAGCAGCAGGCUGCUUCAGACCCCUCGUCGCUGGAUGACCCCAUGGGUGGAACCACCGUGACCCACGACAUGCAAGUGGAGAUGGUGGAUCGAGGAGGCCUCCAGCAACAGCCGCCCCCCGCCGUAGGGCCGGAGACGCAGAGCAUGCUGGAGCUGGGCCAGGCCCAGGUGGUCGGCGGUCCCCAGCAGGUGACGUUACAGACACAGCUGACAGAAGAAGGUCUUGUACAGGAUGCAGACACCUUUGUGACCACACAGCAUACUCUGCCCCAGAACAUCAGCCAGUAUGAGUCUCCAGCUCUUCCCCAGCCUACCUUUGACCAACCAGCACUCACUCAAGGUUUCACCAUAGCUGAGAGCUUUGCUCAGCAGCCUCAGUUCUCUACAGUGCAACAGCUCCAGGACUCAAGUACACUGGAAUCUCAGGCCCUAUCCUCCAGUUACCACCCGCAGGGCCUGCUACAUGUGCCCAGUGCUGAGGCCGGUGGUCUACUGCAGGAACCUACCCAAGGAGACCUCCAGCUUACUACAGGCCAAGGACAAGAAUACCAAGAGGACAGUGAGGAAAACAGCAAGAGGGCCCACAGGUGUGACUUGUGUGAUAAAGGUUUUAAGAAGUCCAGUCACUUGAAGCAGCACUUGCGCUCUCACACCGGUGAGAAGCCUUACAGUUGCAACAUCUGUGGCCGAAGCUUUGUUUCGGCUGGAGUACUCAAGUCUCACCUCAACACGCACACAGGGGUGAAAGCGUACAAGUGUAAUGUGUGUGAUGCCUGCUUCACCACAAAUGGAAGUCUUAACCGCCACAUGAUCAUCCAUCUGAAUGUGAAGCCAUAUAAAUGCUCUAUGUGUGAUGAGGCUUUCCGUACCAACCUUCUGCACAGGAAACAUAUGAAGAUGUAUCACGCUGUGGGAUCCAGAGUGCUAGAAGAGGAAGAUGGUGGCGAUGAAGAAGAGGGUUCUGAACGUUUGGUAACAAAGAGAAAUCGUGCGGGGAUCAUCACGUUUACGGAGGAACAGACGGCAGAGUUAGCCAAGAGGGCGCCUGGCGACGGAGCAUCGGUGUCGGAGAAGGUUCUGGCCCAGUCUGCUGCUGAGCGAGACCGUAUCAGUGAGAUCAAAGACAAGGCUGUAGAUCUGGAGAGCGAACCAAAAUUUGCCAAUCGCUGCCAGUAUUGUCCCAAGAGUUUCAAGAAGCCCAGUGACCUCGUCAGACAUAUCCGAAUCCACACAGGGGAAAAACCAUACAAGUGUGACGAGUGUGGGAAGAGCUUCACAGUCAAGUCUACUCUCGACUGCCACGUCAAAACACAUUCAGGUCAGAAGCUGUUUAAUUGCCACAUGUGCAACACAUCCUUCUCAACUAAAGGCAGUCUGAAAGUUCACAUGCGCUUGCAUACCGGUUCCAAACCUUUCAAAUGCCCCUACUGCGAACUACGCUUCCGCACUUCCGGCCACCGCAAGACCCACAUCCAGUGCCACAUCCGGCCCAACUCCGACGGCAAAAAAGCCAAACGGGGUUCCGCGGGUGGGGGCCAGCAGAGUCAGGAGGGGGUUCACAGCCAGGCAAGGAGGGGCCCCCAGCAACCCACUGCUGGCUCUGAGGCUUUACCUCCAGUUGGACUGCUGCAGACCACCACCAGUGAUCCCGGCAUCUACAUCCCAGCAAACCCAGUCCUGGCUGGCCAGUAUGAUCAGAGUCUACUACAGCAAGGGUUGGUGGGCCAAGCCAUCUUGCCAGCCACUGUGUCAGCGGGGGGUGAUCUGACAGUGUCUUUGACUGAAGGACUGGCCACACUGGAGGGUAUUCACCUGCAGCUCACCCCAGCCAAUCUGGUCUGUCCUAAUGUUCAAAUCUCAGGCAUCGACACCAGCAAUAUCAAUAACAUCACAUUACAGAUUGAUCCCAGUAUCCUCCAGCAGACUUUACAGCAGGGUGGGCUGCUGUCUCAGCCUCUGACGACUGAACCGGGCCUGACCCCGCAUGCUGGUGCCCACCUCAUGCCCUCCGGAGACCCUUCAGUGCCAGCUAAUGUCGUAAUCCACCCCCUUACCAGCCUAUCACUGCAGCCUUCUGUUACCCCUGGCAACGUCAGCAUCACAGGCCUGACUGAACAGGACACCACAGGUUCUCAGGACCUGUCUCAUGUGAUGAAUGCUCCUGGGCUCGUGACCAAUGGGAGCAGUGGUCCAGAAAUCACUUUGACCAUUAACAACUCCACCCUCACUCAAGCACUAGCCCAGGCACAAGCCAACGCUGCUGUCACUGCCCCUACUGCCAACAACCAGCAGGAGAUCACUCUUACUAUAUCAGGUCAGGAUCUGCUCCCCCAACACGGCGCCCCCUCUGGCCCGGAGCUGAAUGGUGGCAUAAGACUGGCAUCCAGUAACAGUGCCACCCUCACCAUUGGCAACGACCAACUGCUUUCUCAAAGCCCCACACCCACAGGCAUGGCAGUCACUACACUGGCGCCUAGCACCUCCCUAUCGCACACCGCCGUGUCAACACAAAACCUGGUGAUGUCAUCAUCAGGCGUGGUCAGCGACGGAAGCGUGACCCUUACGCUAGCAGACACACAGAUGCUGGACACCGUUACACUUAACCUAAAUGCACAGGGCCAACAGUUCCCUACGGUAAUGAGUGAGAAUCUUCCAGAGCAACCAGCGAAUUCUGCUCAGCAGGUCAUUCUCGUCAGCCAACCCUCUGAGAGUACAGUGGGACCUCAGGACGAUAGCCUUGGGGUGAAGGAAGCGGGUCAGCCGACUGUAGAGAAAGGUUCGGACGCAGAGGGUCAACUGAAUCAGUGUUUCUACUGCAACCAAGUCUUCCACACGGCAAACAAGCUGAGGAAACACUGCAGGCAGGCGCACGGCAACGAGCGCUGCCACGUCUGUCGGAUCUGUAACAAAGCCUUCAAACGCGCGACCCACCUCAAGGAACAUGCAAACAUCCAUAAGAAAGGCCCAUCACUGAGUUCUCAGAAGCCUCGAGUAUUUAAGUGUUCCAACUGUGACAAAGCUUUCUCCAAACCCAGUCAGCUGGAGAGACACAUCCGCACACAUACAGGUGAGCGGCCUUUUCAGUGCUCACAGUGUGAAAAGGCUUUCAAUCAGAAGAGUGCUCUGCAGGUGCACAAAGUCAAGCACACGGGAGAGAAGCCCUACAAAUGUGCCAUCUGCACCAUCAGCUUCACCCAGAAAAGCAACAUGAAGCUGCACAUGAAGCGAACCCACGGCUUUGGUCGGAAAGCAGAGGUGGAGGUGGUGUUGGAAGAAGGAGCCUCGAGGGCACGGAGCGCGCAGGUGGAGACCCCUGAGCUGGAUCUGGAGGAGGUGGUGCAGGAGUCAACGGGAGACUGGCAGUGUUCCAUUCCCAACGUCUUUCCCUAAGCCCUCCACCCCAGCUCCACUUUGUCUAUUCAUAAGCUCUUCUGUGGUUUGACUGGCUGUUUGGAGCAUUUUGCUUUCCAGACUCAUCAAGUCUGUCCUUUUCAGUUCCAACGUGACCUGUGUA